AUGAACGCAGAGUUUGCAAAUUACGGUAUCCAUCGUAAUGGCCUUGUAGCACAAGUUAACCGCACCCAACUCGACUAUUACAGAUGGACUGUGACGGACGGCAUAUUUAAUGGAGUUCAACAAAAAGUACUCAAAAGCUAUUAUCCAAAAUGGAUAACAGACACUGAUAAUAUAUUUGUGAAACUUGAACACAGCCGUGAAACUGUGCCACUGUCUUGGGUUGUACCGACAAAGAAGAUUGACUUUGCAGGCAUGCCUGUGGCAAUUCCCAAGGAAUACAAGAAAUUUCUUGAGGCGCGGUACCCAUUUACGUAUCGGUUUAACAUAUUCACUCCAUACAAGUGGAAGUGUUGGCUGCCAUGUUGGAUAACAGGCGACAAAACAUGCAAUAAAUAUUUUGCAAAACCAAAAAACAAAGCUUAA